AUGAACUUCCUGCUCCUGGUCUUGGCAGCCCUCGGAUUCCUGACCCAGGUGAUCCCAGCCAGUGCAGGUGGGUCAAAAUGUGUGAGUAACACCCCAGGAUACUGCAGGACAUAUUGCCACUGGGGGGAGACAGCAUUGUUCAUGUGCAACGCUUCCAGAAAAUGCUGCGUCAGCUACUCCUUCCUGCCGAAGCCUGACCUACCACGGCUCAUCGGUAACCAUUGGCAAUCAAGGAGAAGAAACACACAAAGGAAAGACAAGAAGCAACAAACGACCGUAACAUCAUAA